UGUGGCAACAGCCGGACACAGUUUAGCGUUGCACCACAUUUGUUUUGUUUACGGAUGCCGGGAAGCUAACUUAGCUUAGCCACAAACUUACAUCCACAGUGUGUCUUUAAACCCAGCGGCUGAUUCGUUGCGAUUAAAAACAAAAUGAAACCUGCGGUGGACGAGAUGUUUCCCGAGGGAGCGGGUCCGUACGUGGAUCUGGACGAGGCAGGGGGCAGCAGCGGUCUGCUAAUGGACCUGGCAGCCAAUGAAAAAGCAGUUCACUCUGAUUUCUUUAAUGAUUUCGAGGAUCUUUUCGAUGACGAUGACCUGCAGUGACGACACCCCCGUGAUCCUGUAUAUAAAGAAAAAAAGAUUUGUGUAGAAUUCUAAAUAGGAGCUUUCUCUUAUUUGUACAGCCCCCCCUCCUCCUCCUACAUGUCAGGUACCACCUUACAGAAAUAAAGUCUUUUUGGUUUUACAAAAAAAAAAAGCAAAGAGGACAAGCUGUCAUGGAGAACCAGGUGUCUACGCUGAAUUCUAAGAAUCCCACGCAUUCCGGCUCCAGAGACAAUUAUGAGUAUGGUUUUGGCGUCGUCGUGUUCGAAUCUGCUCGGGACCUGGAUUGUAGGUUUGCUGGCUCCGCCGAACACCUGUUUGCAAACGUAAUUACAUACGAGAUACAGUGUUAACAUGACCACUAAAUGUGGAGCCGGGGCACGAUGGGACAGGACGGGGGGUGGGGGGCUGCGAAAAAUGUGGAAAUGCUUCAAAAGAAGAGAGGAAAUGAAGGAGCCCUAUUGAAGUCAAAUAUCAUUAAUAGGCGAAAUGGAAAUGCUCAGAUUUGACUUAGUUUAAAAAGUGAGUCCAAUGUGGAAAUGACACCCAAAUCGUUUUUUGAUUGAUCGUAUUCCACACGGACUCGACCGUGCUGCUAGAAUCAGCUCCUGCUGGUUCCAGGGAUCUGCUGCAAACAGCUGCAGGAGCAUCAGUGUCCCUGUUCGUCCCAGAGGUGCUGGACGAGGACGAGGUCAGAGCUCUGUGCAGGUCACACACUCAAACUGUGAAAACCCAUUUCUUUAUGCAGGCGACUUCGUGUUAAAACAUUAAGAGAGAUCUGCUCCAAAG